GCGCCCGCCCGCCAGCCCUGCGGUCCGGUCCCGGCCGCGUCCGCUCGCAUCGCCCGCGUGGAACCAGCUCCCCGAGCUCCCGGGGUGGCGGGCGAGGGGCGAGCGGGCUUAGGCGAGCCCGAGGAGGCGCAGGCCUGGCCCGGGCCUCGCAGGUCUGCGAGGCUGUUGUUCCAGGUACUCUGCUGGGUUACGAAAAAAGGAGGAACCUGUCCAGAAUCCCCGCAGGACAUGAAAAGGAGGGGACAUCUCAACAUGGAAAAACUCUGCAGUGAAAAUGAGAACCCAGGAAAGAUGGAAAACAGAGAACAACCACUGGAUGCGGGAAAGCCAGGAGUAGCUUGUACUGUGGAAGACAAGGAAAAGUUAGAAAACAAAGGAAGGAUUGAUCACAAGGGAAAGAUAGAAGAUAAGGACGUACUAAAGGAUAAGGAAAAGCCAGAGAGUGAGGCAAAGCCAAGAGAAGGAAAGCCAGUGAGCCAGGGAAAGCCAGAGAAUGAGGGAAAACCAAAAGAAGGAAAGCUAGAGAGCGAGGGAAAGGCAAAAGAAGGAAAGCCAGCCAGCGAACCAAGGGCUGCAGGAAAGCGCCCAGCAGGGGACGAUGUACCCAGGAAGGCCAAAAGGAAAACCAACAAGGGGCUGGCUCAGUGUCUCAAGGAAUACAAGGAGGCCAUACACGAUAUGCAUUUGAGCAAUGAGGAGAUGAUAAGAGAAUUUGAUGAGAUGGCGAGGGUGGAGGAUGAGGUGAAGAAAACCAGACAAAAAUUGGGGGGGUUUAUGUGGAUGCAAAAAAGUUUACAGGACCCUUUCUACCCCCGGGGCCCAAGGGAACUCAGGGGUGGCUGCAGGGCCCCACAAAGGGGCUUUGAAGACAUUCCUUUUGUGUAGUGCCCUUGGCAGGCAUUUGCCAGGCCCUGUGCUUUCACGUUUUUCAGAUACUUUGAUUUAGGUGUCACUCUUGUUAACAACAACAACCUUUGACCCAACUAGAGUGCUCUAUCAGUAGGGGAUUUUCAGCCUUAUGCUUUGCAAAGACGUUAUGAAUCUUGGAAAAAUAAAGCAGCUUAUAAUAUUACCUGCAGAACUGGCCCACUUUUGUAAAAAAAACAACAACAAAUUUAUAUAGUACAUCCGUGCACAGGAAAAAUAGAAAAUGUUGUUCACUAAAUGGUUAACAGUGGUUUUCUGAGUUGUGAGAUUGUGGGCGAUUUACUUUCUUUGUUUUCUUUCUACUCAUCUGUUUAUUUUUUUCCCUAAAGAGCACAGAUUACGUUUCUUAUAAAGAAAUACUAAAAUAUAAAAAAGGAAAACAAUAUAUAAAAAGCAAUACAAAGAAUUGUUUACUGAGUUUAUGGAGGCAAUGGCAACACUUAUGAUUCUUGUUGUCAGAACUUAAAAUGUUAUGUAAAAUUCACAUUACUUCUGGAACUCGUAUCUGGAGGAAUCAUCCUGGCAGUUAUAACAGAUCCAUUGCCGUAAAGGACAGUCUUGUCAUCUGUGAAAUGGGGAUAAUAAUUGUUUCAUAGGGUUGCCGAGUGGAUUAGAUGAGUUACUGAGUAUGUCAGCUGUGUUUGGCUGGCUUCUACCUUUUUCCUUGUACUAGCAGGACCAGGACUCUAUCAGACACUUGGAAGAGGGUUGAGGUACAUCUCACCUGUGCCCAGGAAUAAG